GUUUCCUGGAUUAGAAGGAAAGACUUCCACGUUCUAACAGUUGGUUCUGACACGUACAUUACCGACGACCGCUUCCAAGCCGUCCUUACCCAGUCUGCAAAGGACUGGAUGUUACAGAUUAAGUUCGUUGAAUUGAGUGAUGCUGGAUUAUACGAGUGUCAGGUUAGCUCCGAUCCUAAAAUCAGCCACUUUUACAACCUCAAUGUUUUAGUGGCCGAGGCUACAAUAGAAGGAGAAUCCAUUCGUUAUGUCAAGACGAAGAGCUCCAUCAACUUGACUUGUGUAAUAAGCAACAGUCCAGCGGCUCCUGUCUUCGUUUUUUGGUACCACAACCAACGAAUGAUCAACUAUGAUUCUGCUCGUGGAAAGAUCUCUGUGGAGAAGGGCAACGAGGACACUGCCAUUAGUACACUGUAUAUUAAAGAUGCUGAACUGGCGGACAGCGGCAACUACACGUGUGGCCCUUCCAACGCUGGGCCGACAAGUGUAUAUGUCCAUGUGUUGAACGGCGAAAAGUCUGCGGCAAUGCAACACGAAAGCAGCUCGUCCAUAGCUAGCAGUAGUGUCUCUAGGAUCCUGUUCAUACAGUCAGCCUUGUUGUUUCUUGUGGCGAGCUUGGUAAGAAGAUGACCUCCAGAUCGACCAUUCCCUCACGUUUCUGUGUUGUUGACUACAGAUCUCGUUUCCUUGGGCGGUGCUCAUUGUCUCCAGAUAGGGAUGAACGAACCAUAAGAAACAUCUGUCUUCAUGCUCAGCCCCUUACAUUUAAACUAUCGUGGCAUGCAUGUCUUGUCAAAUAUGUCUUUUAACAUCGGUGAACACGUUAGUAACAAAGCUUAGUAAGGAAAACGAUGGCUGUAUAGAGUCAUGAGACCCGAAACAGCUGAAGUGUUGAAUCCGGCCACUAGGGGCUAGUUAGGGAAAAAAGACUGGAAGUUUCCAGCGGUCCAUAUGCCUAAGUAGAUAUUAAGUAGAUGUUUCAUAUUUAAUAACCUAAAAUAUACGAUGCGUGUAUAAAAAGGGAUAAGUGAAUGUGUAAACGGAGGACAACAGAAACGAAUAUGGUAAGUAUUUAACACGUUUAUGUAACUCUCGAAAAGUUGAGAUAUCGUACAAUUUUUUCACAUUCCACAAGGUUCGUUUGUUUUAAAUAAAAUCGUAAUUUGCUCAUUUAUCUACUACUACAUGUUGGUAAAAAUUCAUUUUGGUGUUUAAGAUGUAGAGAUACACUUGUUAUUCAACUCCAUACCGACUCUCUUGAGAUGUUCGAUGUUUGUCAACUUUAAAACAUAAUUUCUCUUUAACCUAGGAAGAGAUUAAUUUGUUUAAUCGUUUCAAGAACCAUAUAUUAUAGUUGUUAUAUAUAUGAAUAUAUAUAUAUAUAUAUACCCUUUAAUAUUUUCUCAGUACUGAACAUGGAGUUUUCUAUUGCGUCAUUUCCAUUACUGUCUGAGAGCGUGAGUAACAUUCUGCUUAGUUUCUGUGUCUGUGAUAUUGAAAAUGGCUAAGAAAAUAAACACAGUUUAGUGGAA